AUGGCUUGGACAGGCAGGUUUUCUGAUUUUAAUGAUGUCUCUUACGCUGCUGAAUCUUCUGAUCGCAGAACAAAAUAUCCUAAAAGUGAUAUUGUAAAGAAUACGACCUUGACAAAACUGGAGAAUCUGCAUCCCGGAAUAUCAAGUCCCGCUGUCGCUGGGAUAAUUUUGACCAAAGACGUCCCAAAGUGCAUACAAAGCAAGAAAAACCCUGGUACUGAGAGGUACUUGAUGAGUUUCGUGCUUAGAGAUGCGCCGUCCUGUUUUGUAAAUGUCACAUGCUGGGGAACAGAACUUGGAAUCAAAGAUAUUGCAGCAAAAUUUGCUAUUUCAGACAUUGUUCAACUCUCUAAUGUACAAGUUCAGCCUAAAUCUUACGAUGGCUAUGAAGACAAGUAUAAACCUUCAACACCUAUGUCUUUCAACAUCACAUUUAGCGAAAAUCAUUCCAACAUUGAUCAUUACUCGGGUCCAGAAGCUGACUUUCUCCAUGGACUUCAAAAUGUGCCAAUCAAAGCCAAUAAUGACUAUUACAUUCUAGAAGAUGUUAUUGCACACGGCCAGAGUCUGAGUGGAGAACACAUCAAUCUUUUAACUGUUGUCAGAAGGAUAGGACCGGUGAAGGACAUAACUACCAAAACAGGAAAGAAAACAAAGAGAUGCGAACUGAAACUGAUGGAUGAAACAUGCGCUUCGUUUGCCUUGAUUUUAUGGGAGUCUGAUAUGAUAGACAUUGCACAAAGCUGGGUAGCCUUGGAUACGGUGCUGUUCAUUGCCGAUGUUAGAGUUUCCUAUGAUGAAUUUCGAGCCACCAUGGUUUCUACGGCAGAUUCCAAGACAAUUUUUACUGUAAAUCCAGAUACAUUGGAGGCCCACAGUUUGUACCAGUUUGCCCACUCACAAAACUUUGUGGAACAAGAAGGAACAACAGGACAAUCGGAUCCUCCAUUGGAAAGUAUCACAGACAUCUAUACUGUUUCCAAAUUAAUGGACAUGAAGAAAGAAAGGACAGACCAAUGGAAACCUACGAUAUAUGGAAUAAUCUUUGCGUACCUUUCGCACUUUGAUGUUGACGGAGAUACUAGCCGAGUCCUCAGAUACAGAUGUCAAAAAUGUAGACAAACUGUCAGUGAAAAUACUGGAUACGCGUGCAGUAAUCCAGAAUGCAGCAAUGGCAUCUUGAACACAUUCUCGUCAACUGUCGACAACACGAAACCUUCAGUGGAAUAUUCCGUACCUGUUUCAUGGUCGGACCAGACCGGUACCAUCGACUACUGCAGUAUAGAUGGUGAUGUUGCGCAACAGAUGAUUGGAAUUAAGGCAGAAGAGUUUCCUAAAGUUUCGUUUCAAAGAAAGACACAAGUAAAAUGGACUCAUCUUUUAGAGAAACGUAAAGUGCACUUCAAAUUGAGUCGUUCUGUUGGAGAAGCAGGCAAAGUCUUCCUGAAAGUUCUUUCGUGCAAAUCUACUGAUGCUGAAGAAUUUCAAUACACAAUACAGUAA